AUGGACCUCAGUGCCCUCAGCAGCGACUACUCGUCAGGGACGCCGUCCCCGGUGGGCGCGGACGGCGGCAACAGCGAGGGCUUCUCGGCGUACAUGACGGUGUCUUCGGCGCCGCCGAAGCGCCGCGCCGGGCGGACCAAGUUCAAGGAGACGCGGCACCCGGUCUACAAGGGCGUGCGCCGGAGGAACCCCGGGAGGUGGGUCUGCGAGGUGCGGGAGCCGCACAGCAAGCAGAGGAUAUGGCUCGGCACGUUCGAGACCGCGGAGAUGGCGGCGCGCGCUCACGACGUGGCCGCGCUGGCGCUGCGCGGCCGCGCCGCCUGCCUCAACUUCGCCGACUCGCCUCGGCGGCUCCGGGUCCCGCCCGUGGGUGCUAGCCCUGAUGAGAUACGGCGGGCGGCGGUGGAGGCGGCUGAGGCAUUCCUGCCGGCACCCGACCAGAGCAAUGCGGCCGCCGAGGAGGUAGCAGUUGCACCAACGGAGCAGUUCGCCGGUGAUCCGUACUAUGGGAUGGACGAUGGGAUGGACUUCGGGAUGCAGGGCUACCUCGACAUGGCGCAGGGGAUGCUCAUUGCCCCUCCUCCGAUGGCAGGCCCUUCAGCGACUGUCGGAGACGGCGACGAUGACGGCGAGGUCAGCUUGUGGAGCUACUGA